AUAUCACUUGCUUUAUUCAGAAAAAAUUCGUUAAAUAAUAACGAAAUUGCGACGUAUAAACAUGUGAGGCAAAGCAAUCAGCUGUUCGCAGCAUUCAGAACUCGGACCACCCUCUCUAGGUCACACGCCCUGCAAGCAACUGGACAAAUGACGGCACCAGCGAAAAAUCAGGUAAUUGUGCUCCAACCUGGUUACUCCCAUGAAGAUGAACAUGACGCGACUGCCAUGAGGGCGAAUUGCACUUGCACGCUGGUACGCUGCAGAGACGGCCUAAACAUCAUCGUCGACACUAUGACAGCUUGGGAUGGCGAUCUGUUGCGAUCUCUACUGCGGCACCAGGGUCUGGAAGUCUCGGACAUACAUGUUGUCGUCUGUACACAUGGACACUCGGAUCACAUUGGCUGCAAUUACUUGUUUACAACGGCGCGCAUUCAUAUGGUAGGAGCUUGUGCCUCCAAUCGGGAUCUAUACUUGGACCAUUUCUCCAGCGGCGACGAGAACGAGCAACUGGCAUUGGAUACAAAUGGCGAGGUUGUGGUCAAGCGGACGCCCGGGCACACGCUUAGCUGUGUUUCUGUAAUCGUGCAAAACACUCAGUUUGGCGGCCCGGUGGGUGUUGCUGGAGAUCUCUUCGAGCGCCGUGAGGAUGUGGAGGAUGAAAGCAUUUGGCGGAACGCCGGCAGCGAGGAUGAAAACAGUCAGCGCGUGGAGCGCAGCAAAAUGGCGCUUUUGUGCGAUCACAUUGUGCCAGGACAUGGUCCGAUGUUUCCGUUGAACGCGAAAAUGCGCCUAAAGUUAAAACAAGACGCGCAAUUACACUAAUGCACCUUGCAAUUA